AGUUUUACGAAGAGCAUCUGAAGGCAGCAUUACUACGUCGCUUACGCUACUGACUAAUCACGCAGGAGCCUCCUCCCUCCCUCCCUUCCUCCCUCCCUCCUCCCUCCCUCCCUCCCCUCGCGCUGAGCAGAGCCGCUAGAGAGGAGACGUACACAGCGGAGUUCAGUCCAUCUCUGCCCGCAGCUAGCUAACCCCGCAGCAAGGCCACUGCGGGAAGAUGGCGACGGAAAAACAGAAACAUGAAGGAAGAGUCAAAAUCGGACACUACAUUCUCGGAGACACGCUCGGAGUGGGGACAUUUGGAAAGGUUAAAGUGGGCCAACAUGAGCUGACCAAGCACCAAGUGGCGGUGAAGAUCCUGAACAGGCAGAAGAUCCGCAGCUUGGACGUGGUGGGAAAGAUCCGACGGGAGAUCCAGAACCUCAAGCUUUUCAGGCAUCCUCACAUAAUUAAACUCUAUCAGGUUAUAAGCACCCCGACUGAUAUCUUCAUGGUGAUGGAGUACGUCUCAGGAGGAGAGCUCUUCGACUACAUCUGCAAAAAUGGAAAGUUGGAUGAAAAGGAGAGUCGCCGGCUGUUCCAGCAGAUUAUUUCUGCAGUUGACUACUGCCACAGGCACAUGGUGGUGCAUCGAGACCUCAAGCCUGAAAAUGUGCUGCUUGAUGCACACAUGAAUGCCAAGAUCGCAGAUUUUGGUUUAUCAAACAUGAUGUCAGAUGGAGAAUUCCUGCGAACAAGCUGCGGUUCUCCAAACUAUGCUGCUCCUGAGGUCAUUUCAGGAAGGUUAUAUGCUGGUCCAGAGGUAGAUAUCUGGAGCAGCGGUGUCAUUCUCUAUGCCUUGUUGUGUGGGACGCUUCCCUUCGAUGACGAUCACGUGCCAACGCUAUUUAAGAAGAUCUGUGAUGGGAUCUUUUUCACACCGCAGUAUCUGAACCCAUCUGUAAUAAGCCUUCUUAAACACAUGCUGCAGGUGGACCCCAUGAAAAGAGCCACCAUCAAAGAGAUCCGAGAGGAUGACUGGUUCAAAGAGGACUUACCCAAGUACUUGUUUCCUGAGGACCCCUCCUACAGCAACAACAUGAUCGACGACGAGGCCCUGAAGGAGGUGUGCGAGAAGUUCGAGUGCACGGAAGAGGAGGUCCUCUCCUGCAUAUACAGUCGCAACCAUCAGGAUCCACUGGCGGUCGCCUACCACCUCAUCAUUGACAAUCGUCGCAUCAUGAGCGAAGCCAAGGAUUUCUACCUGGCCUCCAGUCCGCCGGACUCCUUUCUAGACGACCAGCACCUGACUACGUCCGGUGCGGCCAUGACCCCCGUCGUGAAGCCCCACCCUGAGAGAGUACCCUUCCUCGUAGCGGAGACUCUGCCUCGGCCCCGACACACGCUGGACGAGUUGAACCCCCAGAAGUCGAAGCAUCAGGGCGUGAGAAGGGCCAAGUGGCACUUGGGUAUCCGCAGUCAGAGCAGACCAAAUGAUAUCAUGUCCGAAGUGUGCCGGGCUAUGAAACAGCUGGAUUAUGAAUGGAAGGUUGUGAAUCCAUAUUAUCUACGCGUGAGAAGGAAGAAUCCGAUCACUGGCAUGCAAACCAAAAUGAGCCUUCAACUCUACCAGGUGGACAGUAGAACCUACCUCCUAGACUUCCGUAGCAUAGACGAUGAUAUGUUGGAGACAAAAUCCGGAACAGCUACGCCUCUCCGCUCUGGCUCUGUGGGCAACUACCGCACCACUAUAAAGAACGAUGUAGACGGUGCAGACGCUCCUGCUACAUCCAGCAGUGUGCAGUCCACCAAGGCUGCAGAGGGCUCCUUAGCUUCAUCACUGACCUCAUCCAUCGAUUCAAUGGGAGGGGGAGAAAUCGCAACUGUCCCUCGACCGGGAAGCCACACCAUCGAGUUCUUCGAAAUGUGUGCGAAUCUUAUUAAACUACUUGCACGAUAGCUUGCAAAACAAUCGCUAGCCUUUUUUUCCUCUCCGAGUGUCUUUAUAGCAAUAAGCAUGCAACCGAUUCAUGGCUCAGUUCAUCCCUGCUGAGGAUGAAGUGAUUGUUCCAUGGCACUGAUGCAGGUUAGCAUUCCCUAUGUGGAAGAGAUGUUACUGAGCUGGCAGGGAAUGUAAGGGGGUCACUGGGAAUGAUGAGCGACCAAGCUACUUAACAGCAAGGACAGAACAACAUUAAAGAAAGGGGUUUUAAAAUUUUCUGAUCAAUUUAACAGUCCAAUUCCAACUUAUACAUAACAUGCAUAUAAGUGAUUACACUGAAUUUCCUGCACUGUAGCCAGUGAUCUCUGCUUUCCAGUACAGAGAACAAGAUCAAGUUCCUGCCUGCAGAGAGAAACAGCCACACAUCGAUGGUGAUGUAUUGAGUGGCAGUCGUGCAGGAGGCAGGAAACACUUUUGCACAAGUAUCUUUAAUUGCCUGCUGCUCUUGUAUUUCUAUCAGUGGGGCUCAGAGAAGUGGUGCAGAUGUAGAGUGCUGCGCUGGCUCUAACUAGCGGGUCGUCAUGCCCAUCAUAUUCGUUUGACUCUGAAGAAGUGCAAUGACCCAUGUUGUUUCUGUCUUGUGUCAGGGACAAAAGAAUGCUUCAUCAGAUUUCUGUUUUGGUUUCAUUUCGUUGUGAAUCUUAAGUUGUCAGAGACUAAAUUUUCAUGGUUUUGUCCUUGUUGUAAAAAAAUGUUUGAAUUUGUCUGUCCCCUACAUUUUUAUAUAUAAGACGUGAAUAUAUUUAUCGGCGCGUUAAGUGGACGCAAUGUUGGUUCUAUUGGAAAUGGAAUUGUUUGUUUUCUUUAUUGCAUUAAGAUCUAUUGCUGGAUGGUAUAUAUUUUCCUUUUUUACUGUCUGGUUUUUAAAUCAAUAUCACAGUUUUGUUUCCUUCAAUCACAACUAUUCUGAUAGUUGAUUGUCUUUCCAGAUGAAUAUAACCUGCUUUUACCAUUUAAGAGGUUUUUUGCCACGACAGUCAGAAUCUAGAAAUAUAUCAUUUACAGUGUCACAUAUUAAAAUGACGAGUUGAUUUUGACUUAUUUUCUGAAUUUUCUCUUUCUUGUUUUUAGAUUAAGAAUUAGGAUUUGAUGUGAAACCUGAGUGAGAUGCCUUUUGCCUACUUUCAAUUUGUAAAAUGCCAAUCCAUCACAAGUGUACAGGCCUCAGGGCCCCAUUCGAAAACAAGUAAAAGUGAUUACAUGCAGUGCAUGGACUGUCAAUUGGCAGGAGAAGAAUACAUCUACAAUUUUAUGGAUAUGUUUUUGUUGAGACACAUUCCCUUGAAGGUGAACCAAAAAAAAAAAAAGGUUUACAAAGCAUAUGUUUAAACCUGGAGCAGACCUGUGAACUUGGACUGGUUCUCAUGGGUACAUCACAAUUCUGAUAAAGACAAAAUAACAUCACACAAGAUUAAGAUCAUGAAUGUGUGGCUGGUUUAUAUUUGAUAAAAAAAUGUCCAACAGAACCUGAUACUCGCUAGCUCACAAAGUCUGAGUUAAUGUCUUUAAUCACAACUACGAUGCCUCUCCCUCCAUUUCCUGUCCAGUCUUAAAGUUUCGAGUGGUGUCUGUUGUUUGGCUGCCUUAUUGUUAUAAGUACUGUCAAUCGGUUUUUAUGUCUGUAAAGUUGGAAUUCAGUUCUGGUCAGACUUAUUGGGACCUUUUGCAAUCUUUGAGUUGACGUUCACAAAUGAUUUUUUUUUCUGGUGUCGUUGAGUCAUAAUUAUUGUUUUCAAGGAGUUUAAAGAUUAUUUAAUUGUCAGGAUUACAAAAAAAAAGAUUCUUAUUGCAAAGCUUAAAGUAAACAUCUGAUCAUUUUGUUGCCAAACUAUAGAGAACCUCAGUGACUGCUGCCACCUUGUAACUAAAGGAAUAAACAAAAACGUACAGGUUUCUCAUUCCAUCAUUCAUUACCAUCUAUGUUCAAAUAAGCCAUGUUUAAGGAGCUUUGCAUGUCCUUAUUGUAAAAUGAGACAUCCUAUUUAUUCUUAGUAGGAGGUUGCAGUUGCUGAGGUCGGAGUUUCCAGUGUUUAGCUCUCAACAGCUUUAAAAAAAUCUCAACUAUCUCAUUUGUAUAAACAAUUUUACAUUCUAGAGAUCUAUUACAUCAAAAUGAGUGACAAUAUUUGUGAUCAUCUUGUUUCUCUUGUAUUGAGAGGCAGGUUUGGACCGAGAUAAACUAGAGUUUCUGAAAUAAAGUGAUCAUGGUAAAGAAACACACUAUGGUCAUGGAGAGAUAUUAAAAUAUUUUCCGUUUUGAAGGGCAGUUGCAAGUACUGUUUACAUAACUUUUCAUGGGUUUCAUGAUGGGUUUUGUAGGAAAGAUGAAUGUGUGAACCGUGACAUUUUUUGACGGCUUAUGGAGUAGUUAUAGCGGAGCAGUUGAACUCUGUCCGUCUGUCUGAACUGCUUUAAAGAAAUAUUGUUCUAUUUUUGUUUGAUGUGUAAAGGGACCCUCGCAGAUUGACCAGUGUAAAUCUGAAUGGACAGUGUUGAAAUCAUUUGUAUACACAACUGCCUAAUAAACUGCUAAAUUGCACACA